CUAUAACCAGUUAGUUCACCGGAUCACCAACUUUAACAAUCCAACAAAACCGCAGCAGCUCCUCCUCAGCCCGAACAGUCACUUUCUCAAACUCCGCAAGCUUCCGAGCUCUCAAGAUGGCUCUCAUGCCCAAUUAACCACCCGUAAUCACUCCUUCUCACACCCAUUAUCAUCCAUUAACAACCCACAAGCUCACGAAUCCAAGAUCUCUACUUGUAUGCUAGCUUCUCUUUUGCCGCCAUGAAACCUCUCACCAAUGUGGAUCUCUUCAAAACUCCUCUGGUUGUCAAGAUCACAGCCUGCGUUUUAAUCUUCAUCACCUUCUUUUACCUGGGUAGGCAUUGGUCUUCCAAUGGCUACCAGCAACUCAUCUUCUUUUCUUCCGCCCCACCAAAAUCCGUCGCCAUUUCGCCUAACUUCGGUAAGUCGUUUAAUAUCACUGCUCUCAUCUCCCAAAACCAAUCCCAAUCUGUACCUGACAAGACCCUUUCCCUUGCUCCACUUCCACCGCCGAUGACGGGUCAAUCUUCGCCGAUGGAUCAAUCUUCGCAGUCUGACACGAAUCAGACGUUUGGGAUUGUUGACAGUGAUGGAAGAAUGAACGAUGAUUUCGAGGUUGGGGAGUUCGAUCCAGAGGUUGUAGAGGAUUGGGGGAAUGAGACUGGAGUUGAGAGUGGUGAGAAGGAUGUUAGAGUCAGAGUUAAGAGAUUUGAGCUCUGUCCGGAGAGUAUGAGGGAGUACAUUCCGUGUUUGGAUAACGUGGACGCGAUAAAGAGGUUGAAUUCGACGGAGAGAGGGGAAAAGUACGAGCGGCAUUGUCCGGGGGAAGGGAAAGGAUUGAAUUGCUUGGUCCCGCCACCGAAAGGCUACCGACAGCCAAUUCCAUGGCCAAGGAGUCGAGAUGAGGUAUGGUAUAGCAAUGUUCCUCACUCUCGUUUAGUUGAAGAUAAAGGAGGUCAAAACUGGAUUUCUAAGGAGAAAGACAAGUUUAAGUUUCCCGGUGGUGGUACACAGUUCAUACAUGGGGCAAAUCAAUAUUUGGAUCAGAUUAAUAAGAUGGUCCCUGAUAUUGCAUUUGGUAGUCAUACUCGAGUUGUUCUGGAUGUUGGAUGUGGUGUGGCUAGUUUUGGUGCCUAUUUGCUGUCAAGAAAUGUGUUAACUAUGUCAGUAGCUCCCAAGGAUGUUCAUGAGAACCAAAUCCAGUUUGCACUUGAGCGUGGUGUACCUGCAAUGGUGGCUGCAUUUGCGACUCAUCGUUUGUUAUAUCCAAGUCAAGCCUUUGAACUAAUACAUUGUUCAAGAUGUAGAAUCAAUUGGACGCGUGAUGAUGGAAUAUUGCUCCUUGAGGUCAAUAGGAUGCUACGAGCAGGAGGAUACUUUGCUUGGGCAGCACAGCCAGUUUAUAAGCAUGAGCAAAUUCUGGAGGAACAGUGGGAAGAGAUGAUUAACCUUACUACUCGUCUUUGCUGGACACUUGUUAAGAAGGAAGGAUAUAUUGCAAUAUGGCAGAAACCCUUCAAUAACAGCUGCUACCUAAGCCGUGAAGCAGGAAUAACACCUCCAUUGUGUGAUCCAAAUGAUGACCCUGAUAAUGUUUGGUAUGUUGAUCUGAAGGCAUGCAUUACUCAGAUUCCAGAAGAUGGAUAUGGAGCAAACAUUACCAAAUGGCCUGCUCGUUUGCACACCCCACCUGAUAGGCUCCAGAGCAUACAAAUGGAUGCCUACAUGUCUAGAAAAGAGCUAUUCAAGGCAGAAUCAAAAUACUGGGCUGAAAUAAUAGGAGGCUAUGUACGUUCUUGGCAUUGGAAGAAAUUUAAGAUGAGAAACGUAUUGGAUAUGAGAGCUGUAUUUGGAGGAUUCGCAGCUGCACUAAUUGAUCAAGGGUUUGAUUGCUGGGUUCUGAAUGUGGUACCUGUUAGUGGGCCCAAUACCUUGCCCGUUAUAUAUGAUCGUGGACUUCUAGGAGUUAUGCAUGAUUGGUGUGAACCAUUUGAUACGUACCCAAGAACCUAUGAUUUCUUGCAUGCAGCUGGGCUCUUUUCUAUUGAAAGGAAAAGAUGUAAUAUCUCUACCAUCAUGCUUGAGAUGGAUCGCAUACUCAGACCUGGUGGUCGAGCAUACAUUCGCGACUCCCUUGAUGUCAUGGAUGAACUUCACGAGACAGCAAAGGCCAUGGGUUGGCAUGUGUCACUGCAUGAUACAUCCGAGGGUCCCCAUGCAAGUUACAGGAUCUUGACCUGCGACAAACGGCUGUUGCGUCCUUGAGCAAAUGACAUUUUGAAAUUGACUUGUUUUCAAAAGAUAGCUGUAAAGAUCUGACCAACCAGCCACGUAGAGAUGAUGAAGAAAGAUAGUUGAAAGAUGAAUCCAAAUAGAAGAAAUGUUUCUGUAGAUGAAUCCAUUGGAUGAAUCAAAUUCAUUGUCUUGUGGUGGAUUGUGGAUGCUGAAAUGGCCAAAUCUAUGCAAAUGAGAGAUGGUGCAUAAAGAGGAGGUCAGUAUCCUAGGAACUGUGUAAAGUGUACAACUUGAUCUCAUAGUUUCAAAGUAGAAACAUUUGUACUUUUUAUUCUUUUUAUCGAAAUGAUAUGAAAAAUACAUAUAUUCUCAUA